GGUGAUCAAUUUCAUUCUAAUCCCAGGAAGUCACUUAUAAGAGUACAAAGGCAUGGCCACUGAUACUGAAGAAGGGGUGGUGGUGGUGAUGAAGAGAGCAGAGAUUGAUACAACCGCUCCCUUUCGCUCUGUUAAGGAAGCUGUGGUGUUGUUUGGAGAGAGAGUUUUAGCUGGCGAGGUCUAUGCCAAACAGCUUAAACAGAUGGGAGAAGGUGAAAUGGGUCAUGGCCAAUCCAAGCUAGGAACUAUCACUGCCGAGCUUGAAGAGACAAAGCAAAGCCUUCAAAUAGCAAGAGAAGAAGGUAUGAUGAUGGCAAGUUGCCUUUCUUCUCUAAGUGAAGAGCUAGAGAAGACAAAAAUGGAGUUGCAACAAAUGAAGGUCAAGGAAACCCAGAAACAACCAAUUUACUCAGAGAUGGAAGACCUCAAGUUUGUCGAGAAUGCGAAAACGAUUGAAGCGGAGACACCAAGAGUUAAAGAAGAAGAUGAACCAGAACUCCAGAGGAGAACAUAUGUUAAGUUUGCCCGCCCUCCUUCAUUGGCUCAAGUUGUGAGCCCGGAAGGCCGUGGUGAAGUACUUGAGAGACAACCUUCUUUGCAAACAAAGAACAAGAAGAAGACUAUAAUCCCUCUAAUAGGAUUGAUUUUCUCUAAGAAGAAGGGAACUCUUCAUGAUGGUACUACAUCCCCAAGAGUACCCCCUCGACCUCGUUAAAGGAAUG